UUUUUUUUUUUUUUUUUUUCCUUAAUUCGAGGGUUCUAGAUUGUAGGCACCUCGUACCUAGGUACUCUUUCAAGACCACCUAGGUAGCAUUUCUUAUCAAUAGCGCCCAGUAGGUUAGCGGGGCAGAGCAGUUGUGAUUGCCAAUUCCUCCUACCUUUUUCCCCCUCCAUCGAAUGCCACAAAGAAUUUGACAGGGGCGGGAAAGUAUCGCAAAGACAAAAACCCCAUUGUAUGAACCCAAGCUGCUCCUACCAGUCCUCAUCUAGGAAAUCCUAGGUAUAGUGACAAUGGCCAAAGGCGCUAUAUCAAAAAAGAAGAAAGCCCCGUCAUUACACUCUCGUGCCGCGAGGCGGGCUACCUCUCCUAGCAUCAACACCGACAAGUCGCUCAAGGACGUCCAGCCCCCGCCUGAGUCAGUUGAUCAUCGCCCCUCAGUGCUGGCGAUACACCAAGGUGCCGGCGUUUCCAAGAAGCAGAAAAAAAGCAGGGCCAUGAGCAGUAAAGCCCGGAAGCGGCAUGAGAAGGCACAGGACCGCGCCGCCGCCAUCAUUGAGCGCACUGAGAAGAAGGUAGCUUUGAGCAAGGACAAGUCGAGGGCCAUAGAGGGACGGAGAAAAGUGUGGGAAGAGAUCAACAAGAACGUACCAAUUGGCGGUGACAAGGUGCAACCGGGAGGCAAUAUCUCUGGCAACGGGGUUAGCGUAGAUGAAUCCGGGUCUGAGCUUGAUGAUGAGAUGGGUGAAAUGGGACAGCAGGGCGAUACAGUUAACGAGCGCAUCUCGACACGCGCUACAACAGACACCGUUUUGCCGCAGGAUCAGGACGAAGACGAUAUUUCAUGAUGGCGGUAGGCCGGGCGGUUAUCUCGAAAAAUCGGUUCUGACUAAGAGGGGACUGGUACUACAUCGGCGUUCAUAAGGCGUUCUUGAGAUACCUGGGUUCAUUUUCCAGCUCGAGCUGGAUUCAUUCUGAAAUUUUGACAUUCGAAUUAUGAUCCGUUGAUGAAUGGCGGCCGUGACAUCGGAUUUCCAUUGUGUGAUCUACAAC